AUGGCGCAGCUGCGGUCGGACUUCGUGGACACAGUGGUGGGCCCCGGAGAGCCCGUGGCCAAGCUCCCGGAGCGUGGGACCGUCCGAAUCGGUACAGGGCUCCGGAGCGAAGGGGGGCAUCUGGAGUGCACCAAAGCGGGCGUGUUGCGUCUGACCAAGCAGGGCCGGCUGUGGGUCGAGGGCAACCAGAAGCGCUACAUCCCACAGACGGACGACCUGGUGAUCGGGGUCGUGAGGAGCAGGCUCGCGGAGAGCUUCGUGGUGGACAUCCGCGCGCCGUCUCCGGCGCAGCUCCCCGCUCUGGCGUUUGAGGGCGCGACGAAGCGCAACAGGCCGAACCUGCAGCCCGGGGACCUCGUGUACGCGCGCGUCGCGCAGGCGACGCCGGACAUGGACGCGGAGCUGUCGUGCGUGGACGCCGUCGGGCGCGCGGCCGGGUUCGGGCCCCUCAAGGGGGGCGUGUUGACCACAUGUCCGACUGGGACCGCGCGGCGGCUGCUCGUGCGGCCGCCGAGCCCCGUGCUGACCACGCUCGGGAAGUUCGUGCAGUACGAGGUGGCCGUGGGGAUGAACGGGCGCGUAUGGGUCAGCGCGGCAACGCCCGCGGCCGCCGCCCUGGUGGUCGCCGCGGUCAAGGCCGUGGAUGGACGCAGCGACGCCGACGCGGUCGCAGCGGUCACGAAGCUCGCUGGCGCGCUGUGA